UAUGUAAUCCCAUAGACAGGUAUAACUUCCGCUUUACCUAUGUCACAUUACAAAGGUGUAAAAACCAAUAUAACUAAGGAAUAUAUAGCUUUUAUUGAUGGUUAGACUGGCUUAAAAUAUCCAAUACCAGUGAUUUAUAUACAUUUAAUACUUAAACAUGCAUAAAAUAUUCGGCAAGAAGUCUAAAAGUAAGGACAAUUUAGCGGAUUAUACACAAAAUUCCACGCAAAAUGAUUUGCCCCGCCCAGCAGCAGAAACCAACAGUGUGCCUGAAACAAAUGGUACAUCAAAACAGCAGCCACCAGUUGUUCAGAAGAAUGACACUCCACCACAACCACCAAGACCAAAGCUUGUUUUUCAUUGUCAACAAGCUCAUGGCAGUCCAACAGGAAUUAUUUCCGGGUUUACAAACGUUAAAGAAUUAUACCAGAAAAUAGCUGAUUGCUAUGACAUGCCAGUUUCAGAGAUUUUAUUUUGUACGUUAAAUACACAUAAAGUAGAUAUGUCCCGACUUCUUGGAGGUCAAAUUGGAUUAGAAGAUUUCAUUUUUGCUCAUGUAAGAGGUCAACCAAAAGAAUGUGAGGUGACAAAAUCGGAGGAUGCUCUUGGACUAACUAUCACAGACAAUGGUGCAGGAUAUGCCUUUAUUAAACGUAUAAAAGAAAACAGUAUUAUGGAUAAAUGUCCGCUUGUUAGUCUGGGUGAUCAUAUAGAAAAAAUAGAUGGGAAAAGUUUGGUCGGAUGUCGGCACUUUGAAGUGGCAAAAAUGUUAAAAGAAAUUCAGAAAGGAACUACUUUUACAAUUCGAGUUGUGGAACCAAUGAAGUCCGGAUUUUCAUUUGUUGAACAAAAGCAGAGUAAAAAGGGCAGUAGUAAUAUAGGUUCAGGAAAACAGACAUUACGACUACGAUCAACAGGACCGGCCACAGUGGAGGACGUUGAUGAUUCUUCCAAUUUAGCUAUAGACAAGAUCAAUGGUUUAUUAGAGUCAUUCAUGGGUAUAAAUGAUACAGAAUUAGCACAACAAAUAUGGGAUAUGGGGAACAAACUAGACAACCCAAGUGAUUUUGCCAUGGCAAUCGACAAAUCAGAAAUUAAAGAUUUUGGAUUUGCUGAUGAUUUCGUGUUUGAUUUAUGGGGUGCCAUUAGUGAUGCAAAGAGUGGAAGAUUGAAUAAGUCAGAUGUCAAAGAUUUCAGUGAACAAUUUUAAACACAGGAGAGAGAUAGUUAAUUUUAUCAUUGAAAUAAUGUUACAGAUAUGUCAAAAUUAACCGGUGGGGCAUAGCAUUAUUUUAUUGACACAGUCCUGAUAUUCAUACUCAAAAAGCUCUUUUAUAGAUACAGAUAACAUUCCUGAUCAGUCCAAAAAGUAAAACAAAAAUGUUAAAUUAUGCAAAUGUAAACAAAAAAGAAUAUUGAGCUCAUUUUUUGGGUUUUAUUAUUGAUAUACAUGUUCGGCCUUUAAGAUUUUUGUUUCGGAUGAAUAUUAUGAUUAUUAAUAAAUUUUCUAAUCAAUACUUAAAAUUUUAGAAUCAGAAAUGAAAAAGUUGAAGUAAAAAUUAUCAAACUUGUUGGAGGUUCUGUGUAAAAAUUAGUAUUUAUAGUUUCAUUAUAUUUUUUGAACGAUAAGGAACUACCAUUAUAUAGCGCUCCAAGAGUUGAUUGAUAUGUCCCAGAGAAUUAUGACAAUUCAGUGUUUUUGCGACCAUAUAGGUCUUCAUUUAAAUUUUGUGAUAUUUGUUAUGAAUUAUUGUUUGUUUUAUGACCAAUUGUUUUAUAUAUGUGUGGAAAUUUUGCAUUUGUUAAUGUCUCAUUGCAGUGACUAAUUACAUCAAUGAUGAAAAGAACAUUUAUGAUUUAUACAAUUGGUAAUUAAAUCGGCUAACAUUAAAAUAUGUAUUUUAAUAAGUGUACAUAGAUUUAUUUUCAUAAUUAGCUCACUAAAAAUAAUUCAAUUGCUUGUUUUAUAGAAGUUACGAUGAACCAAUUCAGAAAUGUGUUGUAUUAUGGGAAAACUUCAUUCUUUUUGACGUUCUUGUUUGUCGAGACAUCAUUUAUGAGUUUGCUGACACUAUCCAACAUAUUUACAAGAAUUGAAAUUGAAUUUCUGAAUUGCUUCAUUGUCUAUUUUGUGGAUUUGAAAAUUUGUUUGAAUAGCCUUAAUUUAGAAAUUAUCAUAUUAUUUUUGAAUUAUUUAUGCCAUUAUGGCAAGGGAAUUUUUCUUUAAGGGUUCAUAUAUAUCACUUAAAAGAAAAGAAAAAUUGUCUCAUAAGCUAAAGAAAUCCUUUCUUUUAUAAUUUUCAUUGGGCUCUUUCUGUCUGUUUUUUUUAUGAGUUUUUUUAAUUGAUCUAUUAUAGUGCUCAAGAGAUUUGAAAGAGGUGAUGUAGUUGAUAGGCAAAUUUUUAAUAAUGUUUACAUAGAAACAUUUUAAUUCUCUUACUUUAAACCAAAAAUCAUCAGAUGCACUCAUUUUAGUUAGCCAUCGUAAUUAGUAAUUAUAGUUAUAUUAAAAAAAAAUGAUCAUAGAAAUAGCUGAAUAUGAACAUUUACAUUCAGUGCAUUAAAUCAUUUCGUCCAUCUUCCUGUACUGUUCCUUUUUCAUGUUAUUAUAAACAAAUCAUCCUUAUCAUGCAAGAAAUAUUUGCCACUGGACAUUAAGCAAAUAACAAUCAAUAAUUCAACAGUCUGUCAGCCUGGUAUUUACAUUCAUCAUUCUUUUUAUGUUACAAAUAUGCUGUAAAGUCAGAAAUUAUUGCCAGCAUUUAUUAUUGUGAUGUUCCAAGAAUGAUAACAAAAUGUCAGAAUUUUAUAGUUGUCAAGAAAAUCUUUAUAUAGAUAUAUGUGAUUGAUAUCAGAAGGCAAGUUUUUGUUAUUGCAAAAGUCACCCAGUCACAUGAUUUGCAUUAAUGAAAACCUUACUUUCUUUACAGUAGUAACAUAAGAAUGUCAAGAACUCUAUUUCUAGAGGUUUCAAAUUAAUACCAAUUAUAAGGCAAUCUUUCUGAAAUUAUCAUAUACUCAAAUGUUUUAUUUUAAAAUUAUUAUAAUGUCUAUUGGUAUGUUCACUGAGAGGUUAAAAUACAACAAAAUAUUUCAGAAUGUAAGUUUGAAUGAAAGAAACAUUAAUUAUUAUGAUUUUAAAACUUAAACUGACCAAGUAUUGAGUAUAUAUUUCAUUUCAUUUCAUAAAUUUUCUCAAGUUACUUGAAAAGCAGAAAUUAAUGACUUGUAAUUUUGGACUAAGAGAUGGGUUUAGAUCAAAUUAAUCAAUUGUUUUCAAAAGUUACCUUAUUAUUUUUUUUGAGUAAAUAAUGUAAGCUAAAUUGGGAAUGAUUAGUAUAUACAACUACUAAGACAGGUUGAUAUUUUGAGCUUUACGUCAGAAGUUUAUUGUUGUGAAUGUUAACAUGUGUGAUAUCAUUGUGUUAAUUAUUGUGUACAUUCCUGUUACUUUUACAAUCUAUUUCGUUCAUGUGAUAACAUGUUUGUUCAUGUUGUGUAUGUUGUCCAUUCAGAAUUAAGGAUUGCUCACAUGUACUACACACAUUCCUUGACAUACAUUUACUUUUCUAAUUAAAAACACUCACAUUCCUAGACAUAUAUUUACUUUUCAAGUUUAAAUGACUUAAAAGUAAUUAAGCAAGCUUCUGUAGAAACUUAUUAUUUUUAUCAUUUAUUUCAUUUCUCAACCUUUGAAUAUUGUUCUUAUCAUAUAUGAUAUUUUGUAAUCUAGAACAGGUCCACAAGUUAUUUCCUAAUGGAUUAUAUUAAUAUCAAAAACAUACGGUGUUUGAAUGCUUCUAUCAUAUAUAUAUUCAGUUUAAUAUUUUAAAUGAUAAUAGCAUAAAUAAUGGUUCAAAUAUCUAAGGAAAAUAAACUGAUAGAAACGGUACUUGUAUUAUAUGAAUGAAAUUUAUGUUACUUUCAACAUCAAAAAUAUUUUAAGAACAAGCACCUGCCUUGCAUUGAUCACAUUGGAAAAUCAAUUAUGACGAUUCUAAAUGGUAAUAUGCAUUUCAGAUUAACUUGACCAGAUAAAAGAUUAUCUAAUGCACAAACAAAACCAAUCAUUUCAAAACUAUUUUAAAAUAUUUCACUUGUGGAACAGGUUUUACUGUUACAGAAUUUUCCCUAUAGAUAUAUUUUUACUAUAUACUUGUUUAAGUGUUAAUUUUGUUGUCUCUAAUUCUCUAUUUAAUUUUUACCAAAAUUAUUUUUAUUGGAAACUUACAAAUGGAUUUUCAAUCAAAUAAAUUGAAGUUGAGAACCAAUAUCUUGAGUGCUGGUCACUUUACCAUAUAUAUUUAUUGAUCACUCGACUCAUGCUAGAAUUGUGACAAAUUGAGAUAGGAAUAAAAUGAUGAAUGUUCA